AUGAAUGUUCUCCUCAUAUUUGUGCCUUUAGGUUUCUUUGCGGCAAGACUAUCGUGGAAUGAUGUGGUAGUUUCGGCGUUCAACUUCCUUGCUAUCAUACCACUAUCUUCUCUCGUCUCUAACGCAUCAGACACGAUUGGAAACCGAUGGGGGGGCUUGGUCGGAGGGCUAGUGAAUGCCUCGUUUGGAAACACAGUUGAGCUGAUUGUCGGGAUAAUGGCCCUCAGUCGGGAUGAGAUCAGAGUCGCGCAGUCCAUCAUGCUGGGAAGCAUUCUCUCAGACAUAUUGCUUGUCCAAGGUAUCUGCAUCAUAGUAGCAGCCCGGGGCACUGGCGUCAUUUUUGCCAACUCAGCAGUUAUCGACUCAAUGUCCUCACUAAUGCUCAUAACUGUAAUGGCUUUAGUCCUGCCCACUGCACUGUACUCGACUUUCCCUGACACGGCGACCGACAUCGAUAGCAAGAUACUGUCCUUUAGUCGCAGUACCGGUGUCGCAAUGCUCCUAAUUUAUGUUGCAUAUCUCUACUUUCAACUGAAGACGCACGCUUCACUGUUUAUGAAUGAGGAAGACGACGAUGAUCACAGCGAUCAUGGAAAUAUAUCUGAAACUCCAGCUGCUGAACGGAAUCAGGAUAUUGACGAAUAUAGGAACGAAGACUUGCCGUCAAUACUCAUAUCGGGCUUACUGAUUGGGAGAUGCACAUACUCCUUUAUGGAAAAUCUGGACGGCAUGUCUGAUACAUUAGGUAUCACCAAAAUCUUCGUGGCCCUCAUCCUUAUCCCCCUAGCUAGCAACGCACCAGAGCUCACGCAAGUUGUAGCUGCAUCGCGCAAGAAGAGAAUCAACUAUGCUAUCAGCGUCAUAAUCGGCAGCAUCUUGCAAAUUUCGCUUUUUGUCCUUCCCGUCCUCGUCAUCACCGGUUGGAUCCUGAACAUUGCUAUGGACCUCUACUUCAAGGCAUCACAGACAUAUAUGCUACUAUUUGCCAUCACUGUUGUGAAUCAGGUGUUACAGGAUAGGCAAUAUACCUAUCUGCACGGCACCAUGCUCCUUUCUGUGUAA